AUGAACUGUUUGAUAAAUGACAAUGUUCAACUGCUUGAUUUGCCUGAUGAGUUAAUUUUAAUGAUUAUGAAUACAGUCAAACCUAACGUGUUAUUGCUUUGUUCUAUUAUUGCUAUUGGUAAUAAUCGUUUGGAACAACUUGCACUUGAUAAAUGUCAUUCAAUCGAUUUUACUAUUGAUUAUUCUCAAUCAUCGUAUGAAUCACUCAUGACACGGUUUUAUUCACAUAUUAUGUACCGUAUUAUCAAUAAUAUUCAAUCAUUGACACUCAAUAUUCGACAAAUUCCCGAUAUUGUCACUUAUGUUGAAAAAACUCUAAUGGAAUUCUUCCAAAUUUGA